AUGAAAUCCUUAUUAUUGCAUAUCAUAUACACGCUACUCUGCGCUAGCGCCUACGCAGCUGAGGAGCGGCCGAAAUUUAAUGUCGGCAUAAUUUUCGCCAACAAAAAUGAUGAAACCGAAAUCGCUUUCCGCACCGCCAUCGAACGCGCCAAUGUCUUCGAGCGCAGCUUCGAGCUGGAGCCCAUUGUGGAGUAUGCCGAUACCGAUGAUAGCUUCAUGGUGGAGAAAACAGUCUGCAAAUUGAUUGCGCAAGGCGUUAUUGCUAUUUUCGGGCCAAACACAGCAGGCGGCACAGAUGUAGUGAAUUCCAUCUGCAAUACACUCGAUAUACCGCAUAUUGUUUUCGACUGGACCCCCAAUGAAGCCCUAUCCGAUCGCCAGCACUCAUCGAUGACACUCAAUGUACACCCGAACAAUAUAUUACUAUCACGUGGCUUAGCUGAAAUAUUGCAGAGCUUUAGUUGGCGCAGCUACACGAUCGUUUACGAGACAGAAAGAGAGCUUCAGCAAUUACAGGACGUGUUGCAAGUGGGCGAACCCAGCAACAAUCCAACAACUGUACGUCAGCUGACCGAAGGUCCUGACUUUCGUCCAUUUCUGAAGAAUAUCAAAUUGUCCACAGAUAGCUGUAUUGUGCUGCACUGUUCGACAGAUAAUAUUAUGAAGAUUUUAAAGCAAGCGAACGAACUGAGAAUGUUAGGGGAAUAUCAAAGCGUAUUUAUCACAGUGCUCGACACACACACAUUGGAUUUUCAGGAAUUGCUUUCAGUGAAUGCUAAUAUUACUACCAUACGUCUGAUGGACCCCACCGAUUAUCAAGUGAAGAACGUGGCACAUGAUUGGGAGGAACAUGAAAAGCGCGAAGGUCGUUAUUAUCGCGCCGAUCCGUCACAAGUGAAGACAAAUAUGAUUCUGGCUAACGAUGCCGUUUCGAUGUUUGUGAAAGGUCUCGGAGAGCUUGGUAUUGUCGAAGAACUCAACCCACCGAAGUUGGAAUGUCGCAAAAAUCGUGCUUGGACGCAUGGCAGACGUAUUAUUGAGUUCUUAAAAGCGCGCUCGGUAGAAGCCGCAACAGGUCGUGUAGAUUUCAACGAACAUGGCGAGCGUAACUUUUUCACUCUACGCUUUAUGGAAUUAACUACCAGCGGUUUUCUAGAUUUAGCCACUUGGGAUCCGGUGAAUGGUGUUGAUUCACUCGAAAAAGAGGAUGCCAGUGAAAAGCGUGUGGGUGAGAAACUUGCUAAUAAAACAAUGAUAAUCACUUCGCGUAUUGGUGCGCCUUUCUUAUUGAAUAGAGAGCCAAAAGACGGUGAAAUACUACAAGGCAAUGCACGUUAUGAAGGCUAUUCAAUGGACUUGAUAGAUGCCAUAGCAAGAUUGUUGAACUUUAAAUAUGAAUUCGUUUUGGCGCCCGAUGGCAAAUAUGGCAGCUUUAACAAAUUAACGCAAUCAUGGGAUGGUCUUGUCAAGCAGCUGCUAGACGGUAACGCCGAUCUCGGUAUUUGUGAUCUCACCAUGACUUCCGCACGUCGCCAAGCUGUUGACUUCACGCCACCAUUCAUGACAUUGGGCAUCAGCAUACUCUAUGCGAAGCCCGAACAGCCACCACCGGAUCUUUUCUCUUUCCUUUCGCCAUUUUCUUUAGAUGUAUGGAUAUAUAUGGCUACUGCAUAUUUGGGUGUUUCGCUACUGCUUUUCGGUCUCUCGCGCAUGGCACCAGCAGACUGGGAAAACCCACAUCCGUGUAAGGAACCCGAAGAAGUAGAGAAUCCUUGGUGCAUGUCCAAUACGACUUGGUUAGCAGUCGGUUCCAUUAUGGGGCAAGGUUGCGAUAUAUUACCUCAAGCUGCUUCGACGCGUCUCGUUACCGGCAUGUGGUGGUUCUUUGCCUUGAUGAUGUUGAACUCUUAUACGGCCAACUUAGCCGCCUUUCUGACAAUGUCUAGGAUGGAAAGUUCAAUUAAGAGUGCUGAGGAUUUGGCGGCCCAAAGUAAAAUCAAAUAUGGCGCUUUACUAGGCGGCAGCACAAUGGGCUUUUUUCGCGACUCAAAUUUCACCACAUAUCAACGCAUGUGGACCGCCAUGGAAACGGCGCGUCCAUCGGUAUUUACCAAAAACAAUGAUGAGGGCGUUGAUCGCGUACUUAAGGGCAAAGGACUUUACGCUUUUCUCAUGGAGUCCACCACAUUGGAGUAUAUAGUCGAACGUAAUUGCGAUCUGAUGCAAGUCGGUGGCUGGUUGGAUUAUAAAACUUAUGGCAUUGCAAUGCCGUUUAACUCUCCCUACCGCAAACAGAUUAGCGGUGCCGUUUUGAAGCUAGGCGAGUCUGGUACGCUCUCGGAGUUGAAGCGUAAGUGGUGGAAAGAGAUGCAUGGUGGUGGUUCCUGCUCGCAAGCAGUGAGUAGCGGCGGGGAUACUCCUGAGUUGGAUUUGGAGAACGUAGGCGGCGUUUUUCUUGUUUUAGGCAUUGGACUGCUCACUGGAAUGCUAAUUGGUAUAUGCGAGUUUUUGUGGAAUAUUAAAGCGGUAGCUAUAGAAGAAAAGAUUUCACUCUCAGAAGCCUUCAAGGCUGAACUCAUGUUUGCGCUACGCUUUUGGAUACAAACAAAGCCGGUACACACAGCUUCUAGCAGUGGUGGUUCUUCAUCAUCCUCCUCUUCGUCUGCAAAGUCGUCCAAAUCUAGUAAGUCUUCGUCCUCCUCAUCUUCCAGAUCAACGAAACGUUCGAAACGAUCAUCGAAAUCUUAUGCUCGCUCAAUUUCGCAAAGCGCCAAGAGCAUCAUAAAUGUCACACACGAUCUGGAGAAGAAUGAUUUGUCGGUACACGAUAAACUGCGUAAAAUUAGCUCUAUGUUUUCACUAAGAUCUGCUCCAUCCGAACCAUCUGUCGCCAAUGUACACUUGGAGCCACCGCCGGCAUUAAAACAUAAUUCUCAGCCUAACCAGCAUCAUGCAGCUGAUAAGCACACACAAAUGGUUCGAGAAGUGGCUCAACAGACAACACUAACCUCAGAUGAUCGAAGUGAUCGUGACGAGGUUGAAGCACAACAGCCGGAAAUUUAUGAAAUACCAAUUGCACAACCGCUUCAUCAUCACAAUCAUCAUCAUCACCAUCAUCACCACCAUCACAAAAAUCACGAUCAUAAUCAUCACCAACAACUGGAUGAUCAUCAACCGGGCAUGCAGCUGGUCGAGCGCACUCCAAAUGGCAAAGUGGCACGAAAUGGUCAUGCAAGCUUUGGCAGUGCGGAGGUUUGAAGCAAAUUUUCAGUUCCCUUUCAAUUCGAUAUUUUUGUAUAUGCUUCAUAUAGCAGUACAUAUCUACCUCUAUCCUUUUCCAGAAAUGUAUAAGACCUACUAAUUGUUUACUCCAAUUAUACAGUGUAUAUGUACAUACAUAUAUG